UCUGGACUCUUCUUUCACCGGUAGAGAGUAACAAAUCCCAGAGGGGACUGAUAGGCCAUUUUACCCAAACGCUGCCCUUCUUCUCACACCCACAGUCCCGUCAUCCUCAGAUAGCAGCAUCUCUGAGAAAUCCGCUCAAAACCCUAAUCACGCUCUCCGAUUCAGACGAAUCUCCCUCCUAGCUUUUCUGGUUUUAAAUCUAUUUUUGUUAUCUUCUUUGGGCUUCUUAUUUCCGAAGAAAAGGUAACGGGCUUUCUUUUUAUAUAAGAAUUUGGGUAAAGUUCAAGCAUGCCGCCGAAGCAGCAAUCGAAGACGGACUUGGCGAAGAAGCAGAAGAUCGUGGAGGACAAGACCUUCGGGCUCAAGAACAAGAACAAGAGCAAGAAUGUCCAGAAGUAUGUCCAAAACCUCAAGCAAUCGGUCCAGCCCAAAGCCGACCCGAAAGUGGCUGCCAAGCAAAAGAAGGAGGAAGAGAAAGCAAAAGAGAAAGAGCUAAAUGAUCUGUUCAAGAUUGCAGUCAGUCAGCCCAAAGUUCCAGUUGGUGUUGAUCCAAAGUCUAUAUUAUGCGAAUUUUACAAGGUGGGGCAGUGUACCAAGGGUUUCAAAUGCAAGUUCUCGCAUGAUCUCAAUAUCCAAAGGAAGGGUGAGAAGAUUGAUAUUUACAGUGAUAAGCGUGAUCAAGAAACAAUGGAGGAAUGGGAUCAAGAGACACUGGAGAAGGUGGUGGAAUCGAAGAAGAUGGAGUAUAACCAGAACAAACCAACUGAUAUUGUUUGCAAAUACUUUUUGGAAGCAGUGGAAAAGAAACAGUACGGUUGGUUCUGGGUUUGCCCAAACGGUGGCAAAGACUGUCACUACAGACAUGCUCUACCUCCAGGAUAUGUUUUAAAAUCUCAAAUGAAGGCACUCCUAGAGGAAGAGACUGAGAAAAUUACAAUUGAAGAAGAGAUUGAAAAUCAGCGUGCUAAAGUAACAGGCUCGACUCCAAUGACCACUGAGCUGUUCUUUGAAUGGAAGAAGAAAAAGAUGGAAGAAAGAGAUGCUGGCUUGGCUGCACAACAAGCAGAGAGGGCUAAGAAUGACCGCAUGAGUGGUCGGGAGUUAUUUCUUUCGGAUGCUAGCUUGUUUGUGGAUGAUGCUGAGGCAUAUGAAAAAUACCAAAGAGAAGAAGAACUCGAGGCUGCUGAACAAAAGGUCAAAGAUAACUCAGCAGCAGGGCAACCAAGCACCUCAGCUAAUGCCGUUGCUGAUCCUGAAGAGGACGCUAUUGAUGAUGAUGAUGAUGAACUGGAUAUGGAUGAGUUGAAUGAGCUUGAAGCAAGUUUGUCAAGAACGUCUAUUCAAAUUCGUGAGCCAGGUGUUGAGGCAUCAUCUUGAGAGCAAGAGAGAGAGAGAGAGAGAUGUUGGCGACCAGCCAUAGCUUUAAUGAGAGAUUUUGUAUGGAGUAUCUGAAUUUACUUGUUUGGGGAAAUAAUUUAUAUUUAUAACCAGGGAUAAUGCACAUUAUGUCCUACUCGUAUUGCUUGGAAUGGGCAGUGGUAUCACUGGUAUGGGUCGAAUUCAAAUUUUGGUUCA